CCUAGCGGAAGUUCCCGCAGCUUCAACAUUAUAUCGUUGGUUUGUUCAGAUUGAAAGUUGUCCACCUGGAAGCAGUUGGGAGUACAUUGUAGACAGUUUUUCUCACAUUUAUUCUGGAGAGAUGAGGCGAAAAGAAAAACGACUACUGCAGUUCGCAGGGUUACUUAUAGCCGCUCUUAUUUUCCUGCCGAACGUUGGUCUGUGGUCAUUAUACCGAGACCGAGUUUUUGAGAACUCGCCAGAAAUAGUGGAGGGACCGGGUGGCAUCCCUCAAAUACAGGGAGUAAACGUCCGGCCCCAGAAGGAUGCCCAGGUGGGGCGGGACGGCAUGCGGAGGAAGGACUGGCACGACUACGAGGCAAUCAGGAGAGAUGCUGCUCGCUCUGGUAACGGAGAGCAGGGUAAGCCCUUUCCUCUGACGGACACUGACCGGGUGGACCAGGCCUACAGGGAGAAUGGGUUCAACAUCUAUGUCAGCGAUAGGAUCUCCCUCAACCGCUCUGUCGCAGACAUCCGGCACCCAAACUGUAAACAGAAGCUGUAUGGGGAGAAGUUGCCCAACACCAGCAUCAUCAUCCCAUUCCACAACGAAGGUUGGUCGUCCCUGCUCAGGACAGUACACAGCGUGCUCAACCGCUCUCCCCCUGAGCUCAUCGCUGAGGUCAUACUGGUGGACGACUUCAGUGACAAAGAGCACCUAAAGGGGUCUCUGGAGGAGUACAUGGUACGGCUGCCCAAGGUGAGGAUCCUGCGCACCAAGAAGAGGGAGGGUCUCAUCAGGACCCGUCUACUGGGGGCGGCAGCAGCCAAUGGAGAGGUCAUCACCUUCCUGGACUCCCACUGUGAAGCCAACAUCAACUGGCUGCCCCCGCUGCUGGACCGUAUCGCCGAAAACAGGAAGUCCAUCGUGUGUCCGAUGAUCGACGUGAUCGACCACGACAACUUUGGCUACGAGACGCAGGCGGGCGAUGCCAUGCGAGGGGCGUUUGACUGGGAGAUGUACUACAAACGCAUCCCCAUCCCCUCGGAGCUGACAAAAGAGGACUCUAGCGAACCCUUUGAGUCUCCUGUGAUGGCUGGCGGACUCUUUGCCGUGGACAGGAAGUGGUUCUGGGAGUUGGGAGGAUAUGACACGGGACUGGAGAUCUGGGGAGGAGAGCAGUACGAAAUCUCUUUCAAGGUGUGGAUGUGUGGCGGGCGUAUGGAGGACAUCCCGUGCUCCAGGGUGGGUCACAUCUACAGGAAGUACGUCCCCUACAAGGUCCCUGGCGGGGUCAGCCUGGCUAGGGUGAGUGUUGGUUCCUAGACCCUCCUUUUCCUCUUUUCUCCUCUAGAAAAGGAUUUACAAAGAAAAACAUACUACAGUAUAUCAUGCAGACCUGUAUGCAUUUUGUGUACCAUGCACGCAAUUUGAGGUUCAUGUACGCUGGUACCGUAUCAAUCUUGCUACUUUGCUAAGUUGAGGCAAGUUUUUUAUUUGUAUUUUUUAUUAAGCUUACUGCCCUGCUUUUAUGUGCACUUGCUCUAAUAUGUGCAGGGUUCUGCCGGUUCUUGCAUUUUCCCCCCACUCGUUAAAUAGCUUGACCAACAACAUCUCUGCUCCUGAACGUGUGUGUAUGUGUAGCCUAUUUAGCAGGCGGCACAUGCUUUGAUAUCUGCGAGCACAUUGACAAGGAAGCGUACAGUUUUGCGGUAGUUCAGUGUGCGCUGUGCGUGGAUAGAAGUGAGAGCUUUUCCGCUAAUACCGUCCUUCACAGAAAGUUAUGUUAGACUUAAUUAAUCAGUAUUUGAUCUGUCAUCCUUAUAUUACUGUAUGUCAACAGAAGGCUGCUAAUGAUGUGAUAAUAGCCUAGUCAGUUCACCAAUGACAACAAGGCAUAUUACAUUAAUUGUAGACCUAUCUGAGAAGGAAUAUUUGAUGGACUAGAUCAGGUAUGGAGAUCUGAAACAAGCUCAUAUAUUUAGGCCUAAUUCAGUUUUAUAUUCCAAAUACAGUAGACUGCUACAUUGCAUCCAGUAAUUGAAUGAUUCAGAAUUUUUCCCCAAACAAAACUGAGAAGCCAGUUCACAUUUUAGAUAUCCAAGAUGGCGUAGCAGUCAGACGUCUUUGUCUUUGUCUUGUCUCAUCCCAUUUGUAUAAAUAUUUUUCUUUGCGUUCUUUUUAAUAUUUUUCCUAAACCUCAACUUCAAAAUACUCUCCUGCAACC